UCACAACUUGCAAAUACACAUAACAAAUCAGUUGCCGAUUACACAUCACACAGUAACACCCCAAUUCAUCACUGAAACACACUUGCCGAAAAACACACGCAAAAUAUGAAAUACGAAACAAAAAGUGAUUUGAGUUUCGUAAUUAAUCAAAGAACUGAAAGAAGUGUUUAUUUGGACUGAUCUGACUUCACAUGAAGAGAGGUAUUGACAAGUAUUAAAGGGUCUAUUUUACCAUUAAGUUUUAAUAAUAUCAUCCAAUGAGGCCGUUCAUGAAAAAAUCUUUCACCAUCCCCAAUCACCUUCAUCCUCUUCAUAAAAAAUUCACCGAUUUCCAAGCGUACAGGGAACGCAAUAGGCAGGACUGGCCAAAUCCGGACCGGAAAUCAAGUUCGACCUGGAAAUCUUAUCUAUCUGAAGGCCGGCGAAGAAGUGAGAGGAAACCCUUCAGUCGCUCCGCAGAAAUCUCUUGUGACGGGAAACGUUGCCGGAAGGGGAGACGACUCACUGUUACUCCGCCAAAAUCCAUGCCUGCUGCGUCAGUAAACUUGGCCGAGAGGAGAAGCGAGAAACCAUUGCCUCAAUCACAGGACCACAAGCGCAGAUAGCUUGACCGGUAGGCCGGUAGAGGCAGUUCCGCUAGCUAAUGAUAUGAGGGUAUUUUUGUCUGUAGCGCAAAAAUUACUCCUCUACACGAGUUAAAAAACUUGAGGUCUUAUUUAAGUUCCAUUGCCAUGAUUUGGUCCUAUUUAUGUCUUUAUCCCUAUGAAUUUUAGUAAGAAAUGUAAAUGAUCAGUGAGUUGUCAUGGAGCGAUUCCUUACAUUUAGACAUAUUGUUGAUAUGAUCACCAUACUUUCUUU